AAAGUUUGUAGAAAAUAGUUUGUGAGCAGCAGACAGUAUUCUUUGUGGGGAAAGAAGAAGCACAACAAAUGUUUUAGUGCGAAACAGUGACAGAAACGAACUAAGAAACGCAAAUCACAAAUUGUGAAAUAUUCGAGUAGUUGUGACCAAUUGUCUAUUGCUAAGAUCCCAAACGCUUGGGACAUCAUUUAAAAAUAGACAUAUUAUUAAUCGAUUUUUCUACAUCUUUUUCUUCCACACUAGUUUGAAAAAAAGAUAAACGUCUUUGUUUGAAAAGUUCGUAGCAAUAAAACAGAAAGAAACGUGAGUGUAAAUACAAUCAUAGCAGAGAAUAGUGGUGUUUCAGCAGGGUUGUGUUGUGCGUGGAAAACUGCAACGACAACAAAAAACAACAAAGUGUAAGAAACGGCAUACGCGUAACGACCGACCGGUUGCUUGUGGUACCUUAGCUCCUUUUUGCCAGCAGAGAAGGAGAUUUCAUGAUAAUAGUUCAUAGUUGAACGUCAAGUUCAUUUUGGUAACAACAGAUGUCUUCUAGCCCCCAAGUUGUCGAGCAAGCAGCUUCCUCCUCCUCCACUCUUGAGCAGCCAGCAGCCAAGAAACGGAAGCUUGCAUCAAAUUCCUCACCAACCUCCUCCUCCAGCAGCCCCCUCAAUAACAACAACAUUAGUGGCAGCGGUGGUGACGGCAACGCUGUUGGUACAACAGCCGGAAGAGUAAAAGAGACGGGUGCUGAGACGUUCGUUUCAUCGUCCUGCUCUGGUGUUUCGUUAAGUUGCGAAAACGCAGCCGGCUCAAUCGUUUCAACAACGGGCGAGAGUAGUAGCAGCGGCGGCAUUAGUACAUCGUCAGCAGUGAAUAAAGAAAGCAAAGUUAUAAAAAGUGGUGACCAGAGAAAUUCCUCCCCAGCGGUAGUGGACUCCAAAUCAGCAAAACAACAAACAAACUCCAACAGCACCAACAACAGCAACUCUAUAGUCUCUUCUACGACCAGCAAUAACAACUCGUCGGGAAUGGCUUCUAUUUCUGGUGGUGGCUCAUCCACUGGCGGUGACAUCGAUGAAUCUUUGUACUCGCGCCAAUUAUAUGUGCUGGGACAUGAUGCAAUGCGUCGCAUGGCCAGCUCGGACAUCUUACUCUCCGGCCUAAAUGGCUUGGGCCUGGAAAUAGCCAAAAACGUCAUUCUGGGUGGUGUAAAAUCUAUUACUCUACAUGACACCGACAAUUGCACGCUUCAAGAUUUGUCAUCCCAAUUUUAUCUAUCGGAAGCCGAUAUUGGUAGAAAUCGUGCUGAAGCUUCUUGCAAUAAAUUAGCUGAGCUUAACAACUAUGUGCGCACUUCGUCAUAUUCCGGUGAGUUGAACGAGGAUUUUCUUCGUCAAUUCCGUGUUAUUGUCUUGACCAAUGCUAGCGAUGCUGAGCAACAUCGCAUUGCUAAAUUUGCCCAUGACAACAAUAUUGCCCUGAUCAUUGCCGAAACUCGCGGCCUAUAUGCCAAGGUGUUUUGUGACUUUGGAGAAAACUUUACCAUCUACGAUCAGGAUGGUGCCCAAAACAUUUCCACCAUGAUUGCUAGUGUGACCCAUGAUGCACAAGGCGUGGUUACAUGCUUGGAUGAAACUCGUCAUGGUUUGAAUGACGGUGACUAUGUAACAUUCUCAGAAGUCCAGGGCAUGACUGAAUUGAAUGGUUGUGCUCCACUGAAAAUCAGUGUUUUGGGUCCAUAUACCUUCAGCAUUGGCGACACCAGUAAUUUCAGCGAAUACAAGACCGGUGGUAUUGUGACACAGGUAAAAAUGCCCAAAACAAUCAGUUUCAAACCCUUGGAGUUGGCCGAAAAAGAACCGGAAUUCCUGAUAUCGGAUUUUGCUAAAUUUGAAUACCCUUCAAGCUUACAUGUGGCUUUCAAAGCCCUUCAUAAAUAUCGCGAGGAGAAUGGCGGUAAACCACCUCGUCCAUGGAAUGAAGAAGAUGCUCAGAAAUUCUUGCAGCUAUGCAAAUCAAUGGACGAGAAUGUGUCCGACGAUGUGGUGCUCACCUUUGCAAAAAUCUGUUCGGGCAACACCUGCCCCAUUGACGCUGCUAUGGGUGGCAUGGUGGCUCAGGAAGUUUUGAAAGCUUGCAGUGGCAAAUUCACCCCCAUCUAUCAAUGGUUUUACUUUGAUGCUAUCGAGUGUUUGCCCGAAGGUGGAGUGGAAGAGGCCGAUGCCCAACCAAUCGGCUCCAGAUAUGAUACUCAAAUUGCCAUAUUUGGUAAGAAGUUCCAGGACAAACUGGGCGAUGUUAAAUACUUUAUUGUUGGUGCCGGCGCCAUUGGUUGUGAACUGAUUAAGAAUUUUGCUAUGAUCGGUGCUGGUGUUCGCAAUGGUCAACUCUUCAUCACUGACAUGGAUCUCAUUGAAAAAUCGAAUUUAAAUCGCCAGUUCCUUUUCCGACCGAAAGAUGUGCAAAAACCUAAAGCCCAAACGGCAGUGGCUGCCAUCAAACAAAUGAAUCCCGAUGUCAAGGUUACAGCUUAUGAAUUGCGUGUCGGUGCGGAAACCGAGAAAGUAUUCUCUGAGGAAUUCUACAGCCAAUUAGAUGGCGUGGCAAAUGCUUUGGAUAACAUCGAUGCCCGCAUUUACAUGGAUCGCAAAUGUGUUUUUAAUCGCAUUCCCCUGGUGGAGUCUGGUACUCUCAGCACCAUGGGCAAUGUUCAGGUUAUUGUGCCAUUCUUGACCGAAUCGUACAGCUCGUCACAAGAUCCUCCAGAGAAGAGCAUACCUAUUUGUACAUUGAAGAAUUUCCCCAACGCCAUUGAACACACACUGCAAUGGGCCAGAGACUGUUUUGAGGGCAUAUUCACACAGCAAGCUGAAAACGCAGCCUUGUAUGCCUCUGAUCCCAAUUUUAUUGAGCGCACAUUGAAACUAACCGGAAUCCAGCCCUUGGAAACUCUGGAGUCAGUUAAGGUUGCAUUGAUUGAUGACAAGCCUAAAGACUUUGCUGAUUGCGUUAAAUGGGCUCGUCUCUACUGGGAAGAAUCCUAUGCCAAUCAAAUCAAACAAUUACUCUACAAUUUCCCUCCUAAUCAAAUUACCUCUAGCGGUCAACCUUUUUGGUCAGGGCCCAAACGUUGUCCUGAACCUUUAGUGUUUGAUAUCAAUGAUCCAAUGCACGUUGAUUAUGUUUACGCUGCUGCAAAUUUGCGUGCCGAAGUAUAUGGAUUACCACAAGUUCGUGAUCGUGAUGCCAUUAUUGCUAUGGUUCAACAAGUUCAGGUACCCGAAUUCAAACCACGCUCAGGCGUCAAAAUUGAAACCAACGAAGCUGCUGCUGCCGAAGCCAAUAAUCAUGACUCAUCGGAAGUGGAUCAGGAUCGUGUAAAUAGAAUACUCACGGAAUUGCAAUCAUUGGGAAAAUUGAAUUUUACCAUCACACCGCUGCAAUUCGAGAAGGACGAUGACAAUAACUUACACAUGGACUUUAUAGUUGCUGCCUCCAAUCUGAGAGCGACCAACUAUAAGAUCACACCUGCAGAUCGUCACAAAUCCAAACUGAUUGCUGGUAAAAUUAUGCCAGCUAUUGCUACUACAACCUCAUUGAUUUCGGGAUGGGCUGUUUUGGAAAUCAUUAAACUUAUUAUGGGACACAAGGAAAUGUCCAAAUUCAAGAACGGCUUUGCCAACAUUGCUUUACCACUCGUGGCUUUCUCAGAACCAGUGCCGGCUACUAAACAAACGUUCUACGGCAAAGAAUGGACUCUGUGGGAUCGGUUUGAGGUGCCCGGAGAAUUGACAUUGCAAGAGUUCUUGGAAUACUUUGAGAAGAAAGAAAGACUUAAGAUCACAAUGUUGUCUCAGGGUGUAUCGAUGCUCUAUUCAUUCUUUAUGCCCAAGGCUAAGUGUGCCGAACGUAUGCCUCUACCCAUGUCCGAAGUAGUGCGCCGCGUGUCCAAGAAACGUAUUGAGCCGCAUGAGCGCUCUCUGGUCUUUGAAAUCUGCUGCAAUGACGAAGAAGGCGAAGACGUUGAAGUACCAUAUGUGCGGUAUACCCUGCCCUAAAGACAUUUCAUUUCAAAAAAGGAGAAGAAGAAGAAAAGCCGCAACAAUUUCCCCCUCCCCAGUUUAUUGGCAGUUUAACUGAACAUUUUAUUUUAUAAUCAAUGAAAUGAAAUCUACUAACUUAGCAUGGAAAGCGAAGCAAAACAACAAAACAAAUCUUUGCGUUUAAAUAUAACAAAAAAAAAUAUAUAUAUAUAUAUGUAUACAAAACGAUAAGCAAAACUCUUUUAUCCCUUUCAUUGGUUGGCUAAGUUCCCUUUCAAAUACGUAUAUAAAUAUAUAAACACUGUGCGAAUAAUAUACGAGUAUACCCAGGAUUUUAAAAGUAUUUUAGUUUAUAUAUAUAUAUAAUCGUUUUGUCAAGUUGAAAAUAAUCGCAUUACAAAUUCAAGUGCGGAUCUACAUACUAUCUGCAUACACGAUCUAAAGCCCUAAGCCACAAAUCCACAUACACACCCACACUUACUUAUGUAUUGUAUGGCAAAUUAAAUUAAAAAUUUAAUUUUUCUAUGGAAUUAUUUAAAAAGAAAAACAAAAGCAAAAACAAUAAAAAAACGAAAUUACCAAAAGCA